AUGACCUAUAUUUUAAUUGUGCAAAGCAUAGUCAUAUUGCCCAAAAUUAAGGGGAAAAGUGAAAGACGACGACACUGGAAAAGUCUCAAGAGUUAUGCCAAAGAAAAACCAAAAAGGAGUGACCAAGAUAUUCAAAGAGCCCGCGAGAGCUACUCGACAAUCAGUUAUUAUGAGAACCUUAGCACCCGCAGCCGCAGUGGUUCUCCACCCGCAACUAUUGUAACCAAGAACGAAAUUGUCUCCCCUUCGAGCCGCCUUCCGUUUCAAGACUACGUCACUCGCAUCACGAUCCGCUUCGUGUGA